UAUUCAAGAUGAGACCAAGACAAAGACGGAGAGACAACAGAGCUGGGGGUGGCGGAGGUGGCGGCUAACUUACCUAUUACAGCCAAAAGUGGGCAUGCGUUUAUUUUUAAACUGCCCUGGGCUGUAUUUAUUGUUUCAGCGCAGAGCGGCCUGGGGGAUUGUCUUUUGAAUUCCUCUUGCAAGAACAUCAGGGGCCGUGCAAAGCAACUCCGGUGAUGGCACCCAAGAAAGCUAAGAAGAGAUCAGAGGGAGCUAAUUCCAACGUCUUCUCUAUGUUUGAACAAACACAGAUCCAAGAAUUCAAAGAGGCCUUCACCAUCAUGGAUCAGAACCGGGAUGGCUUUAUUGACAAGGCAGAUCUGAGAGAUACGUUUGCUGCAGUGGGUCGUUUGAAUGUAAAAAACGAAGAACUUGAUGAAAUGAUAAAGGAGGCUCCUGGAGCAAUUAACUUUACUGUAUUCCUGAGCAUGUUUGGAGAGAAGCUCAAGGGUGCCGAUCCAGAGGAGACGAUCCUGAACGCGUUCAAGGUGUUUGACCCCGAGGGCAAAGGCCUGAAAUCUGACUACAUUAAAGAAAUGCUGAUGACGCAGGGCGAGAGGUUCUCCCAGGAAGAGGUCGACCAGAUGUUUGCCGCUUUCCCCCCAGACAUCACUGGAAAUUUAGACUACAAAAACCUCGUCCACAUCAUCACCCACGGGGAAGAGAAGGAUUAAGAGCCGGGGUUGUGGAAAAGCUUACUGUCACUGGGGAACUGCAUAUCUGAACUGUGUCCAAAUUAAAUUAUCCAUUUUGCAGGAGGAAAUCCAGCUGCCUAUGUCAAGAGUGAAAAGGGUCUGUAAAAUAAAUGCUUCUGUCUGGGGCAAACACAACCCUGCAGAGCUCUGAGGAAAAGUGGGAUGAGUGUGAGUGAGUGAGUGUGAGAGAGAGAGAUCUCCCCAG